GUAGCACUGUUCCAGGAUUGUUGCAAACUGAUAGGCCUCUAUUGAAGGGUAGUUAAUGUGCCUAUCUUUCCCGGAGUGGACCACCGCGCCCUGCCGCAGCAACUGAGUGUUCCUGCAUACAUAGGUUCCACGGGGUCCGCCAUGAAGAAUUACUUAUAUCCGGGGGGUUUCGGCCGUGUGGAAGAAUAUGGGUUUUUCCAAACAACAAACGCCGUCAUCAGUCCUCUUCAUCGUCAAGGCCAAUGCCUGCAUCCCUCACAACGGCGGGUUCUGACGGUGCGAGAGUAUGCCAGAGCUCAAGGGUUCAGUGACAGCACAGAUUUUAAAUCCGUUCUAGACCAAGAUGAAGACGUGAGUCGCCAUAUCGAUAUUGUUAGGGGGCGUGUUAUUUUUGUUCAUGGUUCUACAGAGAUACCGUAUUAUCGGGAAUGCAUUACCAAUCCCACUUGGUAUGGCAAUUUCUAGGGAAAUCCACUCGAGAAUAGUAAUGUCAAGCCAGGGACGCAGAACUGGGGGCUGUCAAUGUACACGUGAACGCAUACAUGAUCC